GUCACUGGCCGGGCUGGCGCCACGUUCUAAUUGAAUGGUCGGUCGCUGCUAGGGUCCAGACGCCUGCCUCUAUUCACGCCCCCCACGCCCUCCUUCCCCAACCCACCCAACUCCUCCGCCUCAGGAAUAGCCGGAUGGGAACGCCUUUCUACCAGGAUGAGGCAGUGAGUGUCGGCGGCCGCCUCCAGACGAUGAUGAUGGAGAAGAAGAGCGCGGCCGACCGGCAGCAGCAGGCGGCGGACAGCCCGAGAGGCGGCGCCCAGCACACGCUGCAGCCGAACUCCCCGCAGCUGGAGAAGCUGGUGGGCCCGGCCAGGAGGGAACUGGAGGGCCUCGCACAUCCCUUUGUGAAAGGUAGAGGAUUCUUGCUGGGAAGCAGGGACCAGAUUGAAAACUCCCACCCCUACUCGCUGCAGGAUUUGCACAAGCAGAGCCAGCAUCUAAUCUUGCCGGCAACUCCGUGCUCAGCCCAUGCCUCCACUUCAAUCUACCACGGCAAUAUGCAUCUGACCCAAACAAAAGAUGUCCCUGUGUAUACUAACCUCAGCAACUACAAUCCAAGCCUGUCCAACACAGGCUCUGAAAAUUACUCCACUGGCCAUGUUCCCUAUGCAGGCCCAGCACCUGCACAGCACCAUUUCUCAACUUUGGCUCAGCUUGUGUGUCCAAAAUAUCAAGAGGAGCCCCAGACGGUACCUGAAUUAGGUCCACUGAGUGAAUCUCCACCACUUUCCCCGGUAGACCAAGGUGUGCAGCAGAUCAAAGCUGAAAAGAAGAGACUGAGAAAUCGCAUUGCAGCAUCCAAUUGUCGGAGGAGGAAGCUGGAGCGGAUUGCUAGACUGGAAGACAAAGUAAAGACCCUAAAGUCAGAAAACUUUGAAUUAACCUCAACGGCCAGUGUCCUGCGUGAGCAAGUGGUACACCUCAAACAUAAAGUAAUGAAUCAUGUCAAUAAUGGAUGUCAAGUGGUUCUUGCUUCCUCUAGCCUCCUAAAACCAGAGGAAAAUGGCAGUUUUUAAUAAAAUGCCCUUUAAUUUGGCUUGGUUGAAAUUGAAUUCUGUUGAAAAGUGCUAGUUUGGAUGCUUAUCUUGACUCACUUUUAUAUCCUCUUAGCUGCUAAACAUGAUCAUGAAACAUGAAAGAUUAUGUGGAGCAAAUUCAUCUUGAAGAAUAAAAGAGACUAAAAGAGAGACUAUCUGCAGAGUCCAGUGUACCUCCUGUUCAUGUCUGAUCUAGUUUCAGCUGUCUUGUGAAAAGAUUCUUUUGAUAUUUUACCUGUUCUUGGAAGCUAUCUUAUUUAAAUACACUUUAAAAUUUUCUUUGCGGCGAAAAGAAAUGAACAUACAUUGAGGGAAACCUCCUUGGCAAAACAGACUUACUUCAUUUAUCUUGGGGUGGGGUGGGGAAGGUAUCUGCUGUUUAUUAUUUAGAGUGGAACUGAAAAUUAACAUAAAAAGAAUGAUUUAUGAUUUCCCUGUCAACAAUAGUGCAUCUUUUUCCACCCAAGGAUGGCCUCAAGUGUAGGUAGAAGUAGAAAACGUAAAAUUAAGGAUUUUUAAUUUAGAUUUUUAGAAUAGCUUUGUACUGCAUUUUUUUUGUGGAAGAUUGCAAAAGACCUAUUAAAUUAAGAUUCUAUUAAAUACACUGGAACAAA